AUGUCACCACUCUACAGCAACUCAACCAACUCUCGCCACCUCAAACCAUACUCAAGAAACACACUACCCACCAACAACAACAACAACAACAACAACAGCAGCAGACAUCCUACUAACCUACUCCAAGUAGAACUAGGCAUCGUCUCAGGCUCACCACUCAACCCAACCAACAACAACAACUUAACACUACCACAACCAACAACAACAACAACAACAACUCAAACAACAACAACCGAUCAUCAUCAACAGCAGCAGCAAGGAAAGAAGACUGGCUUACUCACAAAGUGUGUCGACUGGCUAUUCAGAAACCCAAUCAACCAAUCCAAAACAAAAACAACAACCCAACAACCUCAACAGCAACAACCUCAACAACAACCACAACCACAAAAACAACCCCAAAAACAAAAACCAACGAUCGAACAACAACCAAUCAACAACAUCCACCAUUCACUCUUCUCCAACAAUCACCACCAACCUCAACAAAACAACUACACCUCACUACCCCAUCACCAUCACCAUCAUCAUCUCAAGAACAACACAAACAGAUCUACAACUAACCAUGACUGGUUCAGAUCUCAAUCUCCAUUCGUCUCAAACCUACCCACCUCAUCCGAAUCCAACUCACUCUACUCCAACAUCACCAUCUCAAAGUCUGAAAGAAGAAGAAGACCAAACACCUCUCACGCCACACUCCAGAUCCCACUCUCAACCAAUAACUCACUCUCAAACCGUGUCUUCGGAUCCACCAUCCAACCCAACUCAAACACUUCCUAUCACCAAUCAUCCCUCCGAUCACUCUCUCCACUCAGGCAACUCCACUCUCGUCCCACCACCACCACCCUAUCCCCCUCAGCACAACACAUCCCACACUCUUCAUCCAGCUUUGCCAACCUAGCUCGUCCAAUCUCACCCAACCGGACCCUCAACUCAGUCAUCGGACACCAGUUCGACAAUCGCCCCAACGAGCACACUCAGCCCUCCAAACUGCUCAGUCAAAAGAGAGAACACGACCAGAUGAGCAUCAGCCCCAUCCGGGCUAACAGUCCCCCUCAGAGCCCUGGCCUCUUUUCCGAUCGCGAAGCUCCGAUCUCCAAGAGACAGAUGUUCUGGGACCCCAACCUAGGUUUUGUGACCAAAGAACAGAGAGAGAAGAUGAUCCGAGAGGCCGACUUGAAACUCAGAGAGAAGGAAGGCAGACCUCUACCAACCAACGAGGCAGAAAAAAUCUUGGAGAUCUUGGAGACCGGUCGGCCGUCUAAUUCACUCUGGGGUAACAACAGGCGCGCCAAUCUACCUAGCAUUUCUGUACCCACUCCUUCAUCGGCUUCCAGUCAACGAACUAGCUUGGUCAAACAUCUCAACCGACCCAAUGCUCUCGGAAAUAACCUGAACGCAGUCUAUGAGGAACAUGCCUUACAUUCAAAUCAUUUGACGAUCAUCGCUCCAUUCAAUAAAAAGUUGGAGGCCGAGCGGAUCAAACGUCUCGAGGAGAAGAAAGGUCAACUACGCGCCGAAAUGAAGAAGCGUAAAUUGUUUGAAGACACCUUGGAGAAACAGAACCAAUCGGCUGUCCAAGAUCCUGGUACAGAGCUCAAUGGAUCAUCUCAUACCGAGGAUGAUCUGACCGAUCAGAGAUCUAACGGAAGAGCGCAAAGGUCCACUUCCAUCGAGACUGCUGCCGAACCUACCCGUCGACGUGUCAAAUCCAGUCGUAAGAUCGGCAAACUCACUAGUAGUUCUUCCAAGGCGAAGGUUAACCAAGGUCGAAAGAGUCGUUCUCAUUCGGUGAAUGAAGAAGAAACCAAUGGAAUCGAGACUCCGACUGCCGCCCGAUCGGGUCGAACAACCAGGAGCGGCAGGUUACUCACAGUCCGUAAUUCUGAUAAUAAUGAUCCCAAGGAUUCUAGUUCCAAAAAAUCAGAUUCCAAGAGAAUCAGUAAAACCCUCAAGAAUCUCAGAUCGCCUUCCCCUAUUCAAGAGGAAGCUGAUGAGGAUCAUCGACAAGAGGAGAAUGAUUCUGACAACCAAUCCAUCCAGAGAGACCAGCCCGAAGUAAACCAAAACACCUCGUGUCUCCAUCCUACCGUUCGAUCCUCUUCAGCCUCCUUACAGGUGCCCUUAUCCAGCCUUACCAAAUCUUCAUCUGCUUCUUCCCUCCGUCCUGGACGCACAUUCUCAAGCCGAAGGCACAUCAAAGCUAAAGUCUUCUCGGCUCGAGAGGAAGAUUUACCAACCCUAAAUGAUGGGGAGGAUGAGGAAGCAGAUGAAGAGAACGAAAAGUUGAAAAAGAUCAAGCUGCCCAGUACUUUCCUCAGCAGCUUCAAGUUGGACAAGUUCAAUCAACCUCCGCCUCCCCAAGUCGUCGUCCAACCCGAGCUGUCCCAAUCCAACAAACAGAAUCAAGAUUCAGAAGAUUCGUUGUUCAAAAAGACCGGGACAAGCUCGUUGGAUGCUUCGAAAACGAGCUUAUUCGCCCCCAUCACAGCUCAAACUGUCACUCCUCCAGCCUCGACAGAUCCUCCUGUCGUCUCGUCCUCUAGCACCGCGCCGAGUAUCUUCGGCCAGUCGACCACCUCCGGGUUCCUCUCUGCUUCCCCCAAGGAUGGUGACUCUGUCCAGCCAAUCAAGACUUCAUCUCCACUUUUUAGCUUGGGAAAGGACGCGUCGUCCACAGCAACAACGGGCGAUAAACCGACGACUUCACAGCCCACCACCUCAUCCAUCGAUAGCUUUUCUAGGAUCUCUAGCAAUGUACCGCCUCCCAACUUCUUUGGUGCUACGACCCCCCAACCUAGUGUCUCGGAUUCAAGCCCACCAAAGAAUUCUGACCAGCCUGAGAAAUCGAGUCCAUUCAACUUCCAACCUAGUACUACUAGCUCUAACUUAUUAUUCAAACCUCCUUUCGAUUCGUCUUCCACCUCUCCAUUCGGUGGCCCAUCCAGUCAGAAUAAUAACGAUUCUACCAAACCUAGCGAACCUCAAUCUCAGUCCUCCCCGUUCAGUUUCGGUACCCAACAGAGCACUCAGCCGACUUGUACCAAUGACUCGAUUGCAGCAGCGCCUGCUCCCUCUGCUGAGGCUUCGAAUCCAUCGCAGUCGCAACCUUCGUCGUCCGUCCCUACGUUUUCCUUCGGAGCUGCAUCGAACCAAACGGGUUCCGUUUUUGGGUCGCAAGCUCCCGCGCCAGCUGCAGCCAGUGCACCAAGCCAAAUCACCCCGGCACCUGCACCCUCAACCCCGUUCAGUUUCGGUGCUCAGCCGACAACGACGACGACGCAGGCUCAGGUGUCUAGUAGUCUGCCACCUACUUCAAGCGGGAUGUUUGAUAUGAUGGAUUCGAGCUCAUCAUCAUCGACAGCCGCCCCGAGCAUCUUUGGUCACUCGGCCGCCGCCCCAAGCAAUUCGAUGCCGAUCUCGACUGGCUUCAGCUUCGGCAGCAAUCUCAACACAGCGGCAGCCAAGCCCGAGCUGAACUUUGGCGGGACCUCGUCGGCAACCACGCCUUCGUUCACCUUCGGCGGAGGCUCUACAACCGGCGCGACUCAAUCGUCGGGCGCCAGUCUGUUCGGCUCAUCUUCUGCCCAGGCCCCGCCGGGCUCGAGCAGCUCAUCCACCCCCUUCACAUUCGGCGCUCCAUCCAGUGCAACUAACAACAACAACAACUCUGCCUCGCCCUUCGUCUUCGGUGCUGCUAACCCAGCCUCCAUCACCCCUGGCUCGUCUACGAUCCCGCCCACCCCUGGUGGCUCUGCCUUCGGUGGCCUGUCUUCCUCUAACCUCGGCACCCCAAACAAUAACAGCUCGACCAAUAUCUUCAACUUUGGCGCCCCAGCUCAGCCGUCGAUGGCUAAUGGGAAUACGGGUGGUGUUGCUGGGUCUGUAUUUGGAGGAGCGGGCGGGUCUUCCUCUGGGAUGGGAGCUAAUACUAAUGGGGCCGGAGGAGGGAUGUUUGGGAUGAUGAACAAUAAUAAUCAUGAUUCUGGAAGCUCGAUGAAUACGUCGGCUUUCUCGUUUGGGGCGACUGCGAGUGGCUUCGGGAAGCCCUCUUCGGGGCCGGAGAAUGGACAGACGAGCGGCGGACUGUUCGGAGGGACGACGAGCGGGUUCGGCAAGUCUCCUCAACCCGGGCUGUUCGGGAACAACGGGGGAGGGAUGGAGACUAGUGAUAAGGGUCUCCUCGGGAACCAGCCAGGCUCGGCCGGCUCGGGGAUGUUCGGAUCAGGCUCGACGAAUAAUAAUAAUCUCUUCGGCGGACCGGCUCCUGCUCUCAAUGGAUCCAAUAACGGCCACUCCUCGAUGAGCCUCAUGGACGCUCAACCAGGCUCGAUCUUUGGCGGCGGCAAUAAUGGAGCCCUCAAUCCGGGUACUGCAGCUGGCUCGCUCUUCGGUAAUAAUGGAGCCCCAGCUCCUGCUCCCUCGACCUCCUUCUCGUUCUCCGGCCUCCCAUCUUCGUCGUCUUCGAAUCCGCCCUCGAUCUCCUUCGCCCUCGGCCCUUCUUCUUCUUCUUCUUUGACUAGUCAUCAUCAUCUUAAUAAUGGCCCCGCGCCGCCGCCACCACCCUCGGUCGCCCCCGGCGGGUUCGUCUUCAACAUCGGAAGCUCCUCCGUCGGAGCCUCCAAACUCUCCUCCGGCCCAUCCGCCGCUGAUUCCGCUCCCGUGGGAAGGGUCACUCGCAAGUUGCCCUCUAGUGCUCGUAAACCUAGACGCAAUUGAUUUUCUUUGUUUUCUGUUGGCGCUUUCUCUCGCGUCCUGCUGCUGCUUGCCAAGCCGGUCGGUCCGUUCUUUUUGGGGGCGUCGUGCUCGGGCUGUUGCUGGUUUCUUUUUGUUUUUUGU